AUGGCUGCUGCUGCUUCUUCUUCUAGUAGUUGCAGCCGCGGCCGAGUCCUCCCAAUCAUUGCUUCCCUUGUCCCCUUCCUGCUCCUCCUCGUCGUCGUCACGUGCCCGGCCGCCCUGGCCUCCGCGACGCACGGACACGGCGGCGGCAGGAAGCAUGCCGCCGCCCCAGGCGCGCGGCCGCACCAGGCGGUGUUCCGUGCCGGGGACGAGCGGGAGGCGUACAGGAGGAUCAUGGCGCGCAUGGCCAGGAUGGCCAAGGAUUCCAACAUGACAAUCCAGAGCCCCGACGGCGACGUCAUCCACUGCGUGCCGGCGGACCGCCAGCCGGCGUUCGACCACCCCAUGCUCAGAGGCCAGAAGCCCGAGGACGAGCCCGUGGAGAGGCCCAUGCCCAAGGGCGGCGCUGCCGAGGAAGAGGAGGAGCAGGAGGAGGCCGGCGUGUUCCCGCAGGCGUGGAGCGACGGCGGCAAGCGGUGCCCGGAGGGGACGGUGCCGAUACGGCGGACGACGAAGCGCGACGUGCUGCGGGCCAGCUCCGCCCGCCGGUUCGGGAUGAAGGCCCGGGCCAGCAACGCCCGCCGCGACUCCACCAGCAGCGGCCACGAGCACGCGGUGGGGUACGUGACGGGGGACCAAUUCUACGGCGCCAAGGCCAGCCUGAACGUGUGGUCCGCCAAGGUGACGUCGGCGGCGGAGUUCAGCCUCUCCCAGAUCUGGGUCAUCUCCGGCUCCUUCGGCAACGACCUCAACACCAUCGAGGCCGGAUGGCAGGUGAGCCCUGAACUGUAUGGAGAUAGCAACCCGAGGUUCUUCACAUACUGGACGACCGAUGCAUACCAGGAGACUGGAUGCUACAACCUGCACUGCUCCGGCUUCGUCCAGACCAACAACCGGAUCGCCAUUGGAGCCGCCAUCUCGCCGACCUCGGUUUACAACGGCCGGCAGUUUGACAUCAGCCUGCUCAUAUGGAAGGACCCACACCGGGGGAACUGGUGGCUGCAGCUGGGGUCGGGCCCGCUGGUGGGGUACUGGCCGUCGCUGCUGUUCACGCACCUGGGCGGGCACGCCAACAUGGUGCAGUUCGGCGGCGAGGUGGUGAACUCGCGCCCGUCGGGGUCGCACACGCCCACGCAGAUGGGGAGCGGCCACUUCCCCCGCGAGGGAUUCAACCGCGCCGCCUACUUCCGCAACGUGCAGGUGGUGGACGGCGACAACAGCCUCGUCCCCGCCGCCGCGCUCCGCCUCGUCGCCGACCACCCGGGCUGCUACGACAUCCAGGGCGCCUCCAACCGCGCCUGGGGCACCUACUUCUACUACGGAGGGCCCGGCAGGAACGUGCACUGCCCUUGA